GCUUUUUUCUGAAUUCUCUAGUGUUGAUUUUAGUUUAAUCUGAAGUUUUGUUAAUGUGACCUGUUAGAGCAAAUAUGCGUAGUUCGUAAUCUUUUAUUUGGAUGUCAUUAACACUUGAAGGAGUCAAUUGUGCCUUGCUUGUCGUCACUUCUUGAUUUCCGGGGCAACUUUAUUCCAUCCUAAUUGAAGAAGAGAAAUUUCUUCAACAGUUAAAAUAUGUGUAAAAAAAGAAAACGUAAUUCUCAUCGUCCAGCUAAAAGCAAAGAAGUUAGCAGCUCUGCGUCUAAGAGUGGUUCACUGGGCGGAGGUAGUAAUGAAGCAUCUGGACAGUCAAAAAAAAUUGAUCACCAAACUGUCAAGGAACUAGCUAGACUGGCUAGCACUUCCACUUGUGACUUUGCUCAGGAAACCGAGGUAUUGAAACAAAGUACUGCAGCAGGGAACACUAAUAAUCAGUCAAUUGCAUCGUCCUCCACUUCUCCUGCAAUUUCAAAUGAUGAAAUCGUUGAUGAAUCAAACUCAAAUGCUAAAACAUUGUCUAAUGUUUGUUUGAGUGUUCCACAAAAAACAAAUUCCCAGUAUAAUUGUGUUCCAGAUACUAUUCGUCAUUCCGAAAGUAAUGAAUGCAUCGACAAUGUCGUAUCCUGUCAAGAUAGUAAGGAACUUUCUAUCAACGAUGUACCUCCAAACCUUGAAGCAAAUAUUCGUCAAUCAACUUCUAAUUUUUCCAAUCUUUUUAAGCAAUUUCAUCGACAUGUUGUAAAAAAGGAUAACUCUUCCUCAACUAUAACAUGCAACUUAGAGCAAUCGGCACCGAGUUGCAACAUGAAUGCGACAAAGGAUGGUAAAAAUCCCAGAGCUAUAGUUUCGCCUGACACAAUCACAAAAUAUAAGGAAACCAAGACUUUCAGAAAAUAUGCAUCACAUAAUGAAUCAGUCAGCGCUGAUGGUAAGGAAUAUAUAAAAGAAGUUCCGAAUAGCACUGGAUUUGCAUACCUGUGUGAAUUUAUCCUCAGGAGAGCAAAUCCACAGUACAAACUGAAUAUAUGUAAUUUGGGGGAUGAAUGUAUAUUGGUAGCAAAUAAUGACAAAUUUAUUGCUAGAGUUGAAAUGUCGGCUAACUUACAGUUGAGUAAAUCUUUCGAAGAUGACAAACUGGAGUUUUUGAAACAUGUUAUUAUUACUAAAGUGUUAGAAGAUGAAUUAAUGCUUAAGAGAAACGAUGCCUACAGUAAAUUUCUUCAAUUGUUAGAGAGAAGGAGUGCCAAUAUUUCUAAUAGUAUUGAAUGCACAGAUGAUUUUCUACAGCUCUUAUUAAUGACCAAACAUUGCACAUUAGCCAUGAAUAAACCUUUAAUGUUCUUGAAAGGAAUUCUUCAAAAUGAACACAUCUCUCAAGUAAUAAAGAAUAAUGCUAAGUGCUUCGAGAGAAUUGAAAAUAAACUCUACUUUCGAAAUGAACAUUUUCCGAAGUUCAGUAGUGUUGCUAACCCACGCAUGAAAGAUUUGUUGGCUCCAAUUCGAAAUAUUUGCGAAUCUGGAAUAUACAAUCAUGAGCAAAACUUAAUUAAAAGCUGCCCUACAAAAAAUUCGUAUCUUUUAUGCCAUAUUCUUUCAAUAAGAGAUUUGCCCAAAGACAAAGUACUGUUUAUAAACAAAGGAGACAUUGAAUUAUUUUCUAAUGCAGUUGCUGUUGCUCAUGAAGAGAAAAAUUUUGUGAACCAAGUAAUUCCUCUAGAGUUUAUAAAAUAUUUGUGGAAUAAAUUUUAUUCGAAAGUUCAAAUGUUGAAUCAUAAUUCAGUGAAAGAAAUCGGACCUUUGACGCAUCACGUGUACUACUACCUUUUAAAAAGUUUCCGAGACAUUGCAUGUGAAAUAGCUUCUAAAACAAAUAUAAAACCUCAGGAGCUACUCGUAGAAGAAAACGGAAAUUUCAGAAUUAUAACUUCCAUUCCCUGGUCUAACAAGUCAACUGUUCAUAAGUCCUUAGAGAAACAAUAUGAGUUAUAUUUUCAAUUGUUGGAGCACUUCGAACCUGGUUCAUAUUCAAGUAAAAUCAAAUUCAAAUAUUCGUUUAAGAUUCUAGAUGGUGAUAGGAGCUUAAUUAAGUCUUUAAAAGAAUUUCUUUUGGGGACAGAAAAUAGUUUUCCACACAUUCCUGAGGAUCGCCUUGUGUGGUUGUAUAUUGUAGACUGUGGCACAGCUCCUUUAUUGUGUGAUAAGUCUAGCAACCAUUUUAAAGAGCUAUCAUUGCAUGUUCUCAAAGGCUUUAUUAAAUUCAUUGAGCAAGCUAAACAAGACCGUUAUGAAUCUUUUCGAAUUGCUACCCUUAAUAUAAUCAAAUUCAUCAUGCAAUUAUCUCCAUAUUUUAAUGAUGUCGGUUCGAUUUUAACUGACGCGGACCAUAAUAUUUUAGAUAAACAAAUGGAAAUUAUUAAUUGCAUUCUCAAUUCAAAUGAAACAAAUGUUUUAUCUGAUUAUUUUUCUGGCUUAAUGGAUGUAUAUAAUGAAUAUUGGAAGUUGAGAGAAAUGAUAUUAGAAAAUCUACCAGUUCCUUGCAGCAUAUUUAAAGAUGACGUGGAAGUAAUUCUAGGAAAGAUACUAAAACUGGUUGAAAGUGGUUUGUCAAAAUGUACUGAAGCUAAACUAGUGAUCCGUUUCUUCAGAUUUUAUAAUGAGUUUUUAAAACACAUAAGAAGUAUAGAUUUUUCAUGGCUGAUAUCAAAAGCAUGUUAUACGGAUGAUUUAAAUAAAGUUUUGGAAUGUGUAAUCAAAAAUGAUGUCACAUCAUACGUUGUAAAGGACCCUGAGAGCUUCGUUCAAAUUCUUGAAAGGAAAAAACUGGAAAUCCCUCGGCAUUUUCUAAUCGAAACCAUUAAUAAAUUAUUAGAUAUCAUAGAUUUAGUUUACGAAAAGUUGUAUUGGAGUAACGAAGAUUAUUUAAAUGCGAUUGGUGAUCUAUUUCUCGCUAUUGGACAUUCUUUUACUCAUUUCGAGGAUCAAGUUGAUUAUAAUGAUUUAGAGCAUUUUUUGAGAGAUUGCACAGCUCCUUAUAACAAUGUAGUAACAAAUAGUGAUACCUAUGAAGAUUUUAAGAAACGCUUAGAUAACGUCGAAAACUUCUUCCUCUAUGCUCGAAAGCAAAACCAAAUCGGAAUUGAACGUGCUCUGCAUUUGUGUGAAAUAGAAGUCAAGAGGGCUAAAGAGAGUGGAUUUAACACUAGUAUCAAUAGAAGCAUUUUAGAAAAUUGUUAUAAUGUGUAUAGUGAAAAACUUGGAUCUUUAGAACAGUUAGAUAUACCCGAAAUCCUUGAAGAAAUAAAGAAAGAUAUUGAGAAACAGGAAUGUCUUCCUUUAGAACAGUGGACUCCGUCUUUCAAACAGACUGUAAUACCAGUUUUACUUGCUGGGGUGGCUGCAGUUUGGACUAUUCUCGAAUCUAAGGAUGUUGCUAAUAUUAUGAAAAGAAUCGAGCCACAUUGCGUCCAAAUUCUGUGCAUUUUGAGACUUUUAGGUGUGGAUUAUCUGGAAAAAGGCGUACCAAAACAUUUUGCUCAAGUAUUAACUGGUCAAGGCAAAUCAGUUAUUUUCGGUCUACUUUCUGUCAUAAUUGCAUUGACAGGCAACAAAGCGAGUGUAGUGUGUUACAGCGAAUAUCUGGCACAACGUGAUGAAAUGGCUUUUAGUGAUUUUUUUGAAUCCUUUUCAAAAUUUGAAGUAGGAGAUGAAAUAAAUUAUCAAACAUUUUACGACUUAGUUUUUGAUUCCCUCAAACUUAAAGCUAAUGACUCUGAGAAAAAUAUGUCCUCUGUAGUGCAAGAUUUAGUAUUAAAUGAAUUUCAUCCAAAAACUCUUGAAUUUUCUGAACAGAGCUGGACAUCCGUUCUUUUAAUUGAUGAAGUUGAUGUUUUCUUUUCGGAUAACUUUUACGGGAAUACUUUAAAUCUUUGUGUUAAUAUAAAUAUGCCCGCAUUGCUAGAAAUACAACCUAAAUUGUGGGAAAUAGUGGAAGGAGGUUUGUACGAGAAGACCAUUGUUAUGGAAAAAAUGAGAGAUUUUAUAAUCGAACUCUUGAAGGAAGAAAAGUACGAAAAGUUAAAAAAUUUUAUAACAAAUUCAAAUUCUUUGUUUGAGCAAAAUUUAGAAAAAAUGAUUUCUGAUGCAAUAAGUGUUUCACAACAUAAAAAUGAAAGUGUUUGGUUUAUUGAACGCUACAAAAUAGAUUUUAACGGUCUUUUAAAGUUCAGAGACAACCUUGGGAUUUAUAGAUCCACUUUCCAUGGUUAUUAUAAUGUAUUCAAUUAUUUUAGGUUGAAAAAAGAAAAUUUUGAUGAUAAAUACUAUCAAAACUAUGGCUAUAUACAGAUCGGUUAUGGAUCGAUAUCUUAUGCUAAUGUACCCUCGAGAUAUCAGAAUAUUUUAGGAGUGAGUGGUACUCUCAUGACAUUGGAUGAAUCAGAAAAAAAUGCUAUUAAAAAUUAUGGAAUAAAAACCAUGUCUGCGAUGCCAUCUUUUUUCGGGGAGCGUAAACUCGUUUUCACUCCUAUUAGCCAUUUCACCAUUCAAGCUACAGAAAGCAACUGGCAUUCGAAAAUAUUCGAACAUAUUUCCCAAAACAUUAAACUUAAUCGAGCUAUUCUUGUCUUCUUCGAUACUGACGCAGAAAUAAAAGGAUUUGAAGAAAUAUAUCGAAGUAAUAUUAAUCGUUUGUAUGUUUUGAUUGGGAAUGAAGAACCGUCGGUUGUGGAAUGGCGCAUCAACGAAUCUGGCGUUUCACAAACAGUGACUUUGGCCACUAGGGCUAUGGGUCGAGGUAUAGACUACAAGUCUAACGAUCGUAGCGUAGAAGAGAAUGGAGGUGUGCAUGUUAUUCAAACAUUCUUUUCUUUGGAUGAAAAAGAAGAGACGCAAAUCAAAGGAAGAACUGCCCGAAAAGACAAUAAAGGCAGUUAUGAACUGAUCUUGUGCAGAGAACACCUGAAAGAAAUUAGGUGCUCUGAAACAGCAAGUGGUUGUCUCAUCAACACAUACGAAGAAAUUUGCGUUGCUAGAAAUGAAAUUGCUAAUAAAAGAGGAAAAUUAAUUGCUGAAAAUAUUAAAAAAGCGGAAGAAAAACACAAAUUAACAUAUAAAUUUUUUGAAUCCCUCGUUGAGUAUACUCCUGAAAAACGUAUGGAAUAUUUGUCUAAAUAUCCAUUUAUCAAAGAGAAGUAAUACUUGAAAACUAACAGUUUUUGAGGGGCAAUGCCUUCUCAUAUUUAAAGAUUUGAGAUUAAUGGUGUAUAUUUGAUUGUACUAAUCUGAAAAUCUUUUUGAAGUUGCUCUGAAAAUUUUUUUUAAAAAUUUUUUUUACUUUGGGUCAUUAAAUUUAUUUGCAAAAAUUUAACUAAUUGUGUUAAUUUGAUUACAUUAAUUCAUUUUAAAAAUUGAUUUUAAGCAAUGCGAUUAUUUCUUUCUUUUUUUUUUCAAAAUUACAUUUCGAAAAACGAUUGGAUUUUUAUAUGAUCUUUUUUUUUUCAAGGUAAAAUUUUUUGAUACACCAGAUCUUAUUUUAGAGAUCUUAAACCUUAUUUUGCAGAUCUUAUUUUACAGAUCUUAAAACAAGACUAAAAAAAGUUUCCAACUUUUUAUUUUAACUUAUUCAAAAAUUGUCCUCCUUUGAAGUCCUUUUAAAAGUAAUAAGAAAAUGAAUUUCGUAAUACGGUGCAUUUUAGAACAUUUUGGUCACAUCAAUAUUUUUAUAAUUAUACAUGACCUAUGAUAACUAAACAUUUUAAAAUUCUAUAUUUAUGUUUUAUUUUAAGAAAUACAGAAUAAUUUGAAAUGAAAUUUUUUUUAAAAGAGUAUUUAAUACUUUUGGUUCUAUUCAAACUAAGACUAUGCAUGUAAAUAAUAAAAAAUUGAACUUUUAAAAAUAUUUUUACUAAAGAAAAAACAUGCUUUGUUUAUUUAAAACAAAACAUUUGAUUAAAACCAGCCAAUUCUGGUCCAAGGUACAGUCUUUUUUAUUUUUUAAAUGACAUUCUUAGUCUUUUUUUUGUCGAAAUGCAUAAGUUUAAAAACGAACUUCAAGAGGAACUAGGGCAAAUCAUCAGGAUUAAAAUUGCAAAGGGAUGUCUGGAAAUAUCGCUAAAGACUCUUCCCUAUUAUGAACUGUUUUUUCGUGUGUAUAACCUGUUUAGGUAGGGCGUUCCCCUACGUUGCGCACAAGGAAAUUCCUGGGCAUGGAUCCCUAUGUAAUUUUAAUCCUGAUGAUGCGCCCUAAUUCCUAUUUAAGUUUGUUGUAACAUUUAUACCACCCCCUGUAGGUCAAACGGUUUCAUUUCGACUACUAAAUAAACUAAAAAUUCAAUUUUGAAAAACUGUAGCUUUUGAAGCAAACCUAAUUUCAUAUUUCAAAUUCAAGUGUUUGCAUGAAUGCCACAAAAAAAUGUUUUUAUCAAUGUUCAUUAUUUAAUUUGUAAAUGCUUUUUUCUAUUAAAAUGUGAAUCUGAAAUAUAGUAAAAUGUCUUAUUUUUUCAACUAUGUAUUUUUAUAAUUAAAUUUUUCAUCUUUGAAUUGAAACUAUCACAAUAUUUCGUCUCAUAUUUUAUCUUUAGAAAUGAAUCUUUUAAAAUAAUAUCUUUAGAAAACAAAUCUGAAUUCUUAAAAUUUUACUUAAUUAUAGUAAUUUUUUAUAUUUAACAUUGUCUAUAUUUAAAAUUAAAUCUUCGUAUUUUGUAUAAAUUCAUAUUUUUAUUUAGCUGUCUAAUAUGUUAUUGGAUCUUUACCAAAAUAGUAUUUUAAGAUUUUUAAUUAACACAUAGAAAAAUUUGAUUUGUGUAAUCUUGUCUAUUUUAUUCUGAUUAAAAAAUUGCAGUGUUACGUUUUAAUUAGAAAAAGUUCUAUAAAAAUGCAUAUCUAAUACCGCUAAAAUUUUUUCAUUGUUUGCUCGAGCUUUGUUUUAUUUAAAUUAAAGUGCAAGAAUUUCUUUUGUAUCACUUGCCGUACACAAAACUUAGUUUUGCACGAUAGUAAGAAAGAUUUUAUUUAUACUAGUAUUAUGGUACACUAGUUCUUCUACUUCAAACUUGACUAUCCCGUAGACGAUGUUGUCAAGUGCUUAGAUAUUAUGUCUUGCUUUUCUGUGAAUUUUGUACGGUUAUAUUAAAUUUAAAAUUUUAAGCGAAUGAGGAACAUGUUUGUGUUGUUCAAUCAUUAUAAUAGAAGUAAAACAUUAUAAAUCUAGUUGCAGUUCUCACUUUCUAAAUUUCACCAAAUCUAACAAAUUAGUUUUUUUUUUUAAUCAGAAUUGUUACAUUAAUAUUUAGAAAAGCAUUAUCUUGUUUAGAUGGCAAUGCAAAGCAUUCUUUGAUUAUUUAAUAAUUGUUAUCUAUUCUAAUUAAACAAAACAUUUUAUAUUACUAUUAAAUUCAGAUGUCAUAUCUUUCUUUGAUUUCGCUUUUUAUAAGUUUCUAUCUGUAAAAGAGUUAUUGUCAUUCAUAUUACAAGUCAUACUGCCAAUCAAACUAUUUUGUACCUUACCGAACAUCUAUCGAAUGUUUGUAAAUCAAACAUGUAUGAAUAAAAUUUCUAAAUUUUGA